AGUGAUCGACGCGUGCUCACCGGGCUUGCAUGGCUGCGCGCAGGUACCGGGCGCUCGUGUUAAGGCCUUUUGCUCUCUCUGAGUAUUUAGGUACCGUAAAGGGCAGCCCAUGGGUGUUGUGUCUGCCGGGAGACCCCUGGAUGGCGGCAGGGGUUGGGUCAUAGUGCUCGCCUGCUUCCUGGCUCAGUUGCUGGCCUUCGGGUCUCCCCAGUCAGUGGGUGUGCUUUACCCUGAGUGGCUCAGCACCUACCAGGAGGGCAAGAGUAUGACAGCCUGGGUGGGGUCCAUAGUCUCAGGUGUGGCGCUCAUCACCAGUCCUCUCUGCAGCGUGUGCGUGGACAGCUUCGGCGCCAGGCCCGUGACCAUCUUCAGCGGCGUGAUGGUCGCCGGAGGACUGAUGCUGAGCGCUUUCGCCCCGAACGUCUCCUUCCUCAUCUUCUCCUACGGAAUCGUCGGUGGUAUGGGCUGCGGGCUGGUCUAUGCGGCGACGUUGACCAUCACAUGUCAGUACUUUGACAAGAGACGUGGUCUUGCUCUGGGCAUCGUUACUACAGGUACCAGUGCGGGCGGUUUUCUCUAUGCAACCUUACAGAAUGAGCUGAUUGAGCUGUUUGGAUUGGACGGUUGCCUGCUUAUCAUCGGAGCAGCAUCACUAAACCUGAUGGCAUGUGCCGGACCCAUGCGACCUUUGAACUUUCCAGGAUAUUACCUCAAACAGAAAGCCGCCCUGGCACACACAGACGAGCCUCUUUAUGACAAACCCUCCACUAUCAUCAUCGUCACCGGCGACGACCGAGACACCGGUCCUGCCCAUAAAACCCCCGGCACCGCAACAAAGGAGCUCCUGAUUGGCUCAGAGCCAGGAGCGGCAGAGUGGGGCACGCCGCAUUCCGCGCUGGUGCGCGCCAUCAAACGGCGGGCGCGCGCGCACGCCCGCUACGCGCGACAGGUGGGCGGCUACCUGGGGAACCGGCCCUUCGCCGCCCUCUGUGUUUGCAUCUUCCUCUUCAGCCUGGGCGCCUUCCCACCCGUCCUGUUCAUGGAGGACGUGGCGCAGAGCGCCGGCCUCGCCGAGCACGUCGCCGCUGUGCCGCUCGUCUCGGUGGUGGCCGCGGCGACGGGCGCAGGCAAGCUGGCGCUGGGCGCGCUGGCAGACGCGCGGCGCGUGAGCGGCCUGCACCUGUACGCGCUGACCGCGAUGGCCUCGGGCGCCGCCCUGCUGCUGGUGCCCGUCUCGCGGAGCUACGCAGGCCUGCAGGCGCUCUGCGCCGUGCUGGGCUUCUUCUCGGGCAACUGGUCCCUCACGCCCUACGUCACCACGCGCAUGGUGGGCGUGGAGCACCUCAGCCAGGCUCACGGCAUCCUCAUGUGCUUCGGAGGCUUCGGGAUCAUGCUGGGACCUCCCGUCGUAGGCUGGUUAUUUGACUGGACGCAGUCGUACGACCUGGCAUUCUACUUCAGCGGGUCCUGUGUGGUAGCGGGGGGCGCGCUGCUCUUCCUGGCUACCCUGCCUUGCUGGGGCCUGCCGGAGAGCGAGGGGAACACGCCUGCCGUCGAGUCCCCCUGUGACCCAGAACGAGAAAACCCCUCCGACAAAGUGGCUUCUGUGGCCUGAACCGCCUUGAUGUAGCCCUCAGCCUUACUGCUCCUGCGUGCUUUAAGCAUCGUACACAUUGACUUUUUUUUCACAGACCUUAGAAAACACGCACAAAGUUUGUCUGCAAUUUUAUUCUUUUCUUAUUCUAUAUAUUUUUAGUGAUGAUUAACUAUUUGCUGUAUUCUGAACUAAUAUAAUUAUUACCUCGUUUGUGGAGGUUUGUACGAAUCAGAUACAGUUUAUUAGGAGAGUGUAGAGUAGAUGUCUUUUAUUAUUAACAGAUUUUUGUAGGAUUCCUUCACUCAAAACGAUUGUACAUUUGGUCUGACCACACAUGGUGUGACAGUACAAAGCAUCCUGCAUUGGAGACCAUAAGGAAUGUAAUACAUCACAGACCCUCUGGGAAAUGGUGCCGUCUGCAUAGAAGACCCGUUCUGGUCAGAUCAGCCACAGCUCAGGUAGUGCCCUCCAGUAGGCUGCUCCGUGUAAUGCUCACUCUACCGUUUACAAAUGGUCAUCUUUGUUUUAUGAUGGGUUUGGGAAACCCAGAUCGGGACCCUGAUCGCUGUACUUCCUGAUCGAGACGCGCGUGACGUACCUUGCUUUUCCUGCUCAUCUUCUUUUAUUGCACCAGUGCUAAACCAAAGAGAGAGAGAGAG